UCGACAGUAUACUCGUAACAUUCGCACACCCCUUUAUUCAAGCCGAUGUCAAAGGUUUGGCCUUAGGGAAGUUACACUCUUACAAUAGAGAUCUAAUAAGGCUGUGAUGCAUGUCUGGACCAGACAGAGAGCGAGAACAACGAUAAACUGGAAUCAAACUGGUGAGGAGAGCAGGCAGACCAAGAAAACCAGAACCAGACACUGUACCUCCACCUGCACCAUAAUCAGCUCUAGGAAUAAAACAAACAGGUUGAACCUAACCAUGUUGUGGCUCGUUGUUGCAUGUCUAGCCCUACUUUCAGUUGGCCAAGUUAGCACUCAGGAAAUGCCCUACGAGCACCUGAUAUCCCAGCUCCAAGCAUGUCCUAAAGAGUGUCGCUGCCCCCCAAACUUUCCCAAUGCUGUUUACUGUGACAACAAGAGCUUGAAACGCAUACCCGUCAUCCCUCCGUACACCUGGUACCUGUACCUUCAGAACAACCUCAUCGAUGUGGUCUCAGCUGAAGCUCUGAGCAACGUCACACAGCUAAGGUGGAUCAACCUCAACCGCAACAAAAUCACAACCGUGGAGGCUGAUGCUCUCAAGGCCUUACCCAACCUUGUACACCUGUACAUGGAGGACAACUUGCUGACUUCCAUUCCAUCUCCUCUGCCCAGCAAUCUAGAACAGCUACGGCUCUCCCGUAACAAAAUCUCAAAGAUACCACCUGGAGUCUUUUCUGGGAUGGACCAUCUUACCUUGCUGGAUCUUCAAAGCAACAAGCUGCAAGGUGACGCAGUGACAGAGGUCAACCUGAAAGGUCUGAGCAACUUGGUCCAGAUCAAUUUAGCAAAGAAUCAACUGAACAGCAUGCCCCUUGGUCUGCCACCCACAACCACGCAGAUCUUUCUGGACAGCAACAAUAUUGAAAAGAUUCCUGCCGAGUACUUCAAGGGUCUUCCCAAGGUGUCGUCUCUCAGGCUCAACCGUAAUAAACUGGCAAAUGGAGGCAUCCCAAAAACAGUUUUUAAUGUUUCCAGCAUACUGGACCUGCAACUUUCUUACAACCAGCUCACUGACAUGCCCAUCAUCUCCCCUGGACUGGAACACCUGCAUCUGGAUCACAACAGAAUCAAAAGUGUGAACAGUUCUGAUAUUUGUCCACCUGGGGCACUUGAUGACUACUUUAGUGACAAUGGGCCACGUCUGCGCUACCUUCGCCUUGAUGGUAAUGAGGUCAAGCCCCCAAUUCCACGAGAGCUGAUGAUGUGUUUCCGUCUCCUUAGGGCGAUUGUGAUAUAAAGGUGUGACGCCAGUGAGACACUCCUGUCCAUAACAUUAAUCAGAUCUGAAUGUGAAUGGAAACUAAAGUACUGGUCCAAUGAUCCAAUAUAAUGGUCCAAUAAGGGACUAUCUAUUUGGAAAUUCAGAAAUUAAAAAUUGAACUCUGUUAGUACCCUGCUGAAAAUAUUGCAGUAAUGUAAACCGGCAUUUAUUGUCAUGAUGGACAUAAUGCAGACAUGGUUUUUGCUGGGAUAGCUCAUGGCCCAACAUAGUCAUACUUUAACCAGCAACUAAUCUGAUAAAGCUGGUCAACCAGCAUUGUAUUUUGGUAAAGCUGGUUGACCUAAAAACGGGUGGGCCUGGUGGAAACACCAACAUCCCACAAUGCAAACCAUAAUCCUAAACUAAAUCUAUGCUGGUCUUUUCAGCAGGGUGAGAUUCAUUUGACUGGUUCAUUUAAUGGUUCCUCAUGUGGAUGUACAGGUAUUGUAAAACCACAGUGCCUUCCUUUCCUUUUAUAUGUAUGGCGAACUAGCAAGCCUACUCUGUGAAAAAUAGCAUUACCUGUUAAAAAUGUAUGCUCCAGCCAAUAAUUGUCCUUAUAAGUAAUGUAAUUUCCCUAUUCUGAGUAGAUGUUUAAAAUAAAAUAAAUCUCACUAAAUAUAGUAUUACCCAGAACCCAUUUUACCUCACCACAUCAUUCGGGGGUGUUUUUGGACAACGGAGUUAUGGCCUGAUUAUGAAGCCAGAUUUCUUGUAGUGAAUUUUACACAAAGGUGGUGUAUUUUAUUCAAAGCUUGUUUACAUUCAGUCACAAUAGCAGCAACAAAAGUCUGAGAUUAGACUUAAUUUUUUGUUUAAGUGUCAAACUGUAUGUUGUUGCACAACUUAUAUCUAUUCUUAAAUUGCUUAAAUACUUUCUUAAAGAAACUGCGAACGUAUUCCCGCAAUUUUAGUUGUUUUACAUCUUUGUACAAUCAAUAUUUUCCAGCAUGCUGGUACAAAAGUCCUUUCCUGACGAAUGUGACAUAAACUAGUUUUCAAGAUAAACUAUUUGUCAUUGUUUUUGAAUUGCACUACCAGUGAACAUUCUAGACUCGCUUAAAGAUAUUAAUAAUGUUAAUAUUCUUUUUCAACGAACAAAGUUUUUCAUUUUACACCUGCAAUCAUUGUAGCAAAAAGGUGAAAAAUCAAUGUCUACCAACACUGAGAGCUGUGUUUUGUCACAGGGAUCAUUCAAGAUAAUUACCUUCUUAUGUUCUUGAUUAAAUUGUUUUCGAUUGAAAUUAUCUUGUUCAUAAUUUGACAUUAUAAAUGGUUUGGAGAUGCACAAAACCUAUAUGCCUGCUGUAAAUGAGGCCAACAUGUGGAUUAGUUUCAUGUUAUUUAGCAGGAGGUAACAGAAAG